GCACGCUGCAGUUGCACGCUUAUCUAAAGAGAUGAACCACAGAGUGGUUCGUCAAGUGCUUAAAAUUAUUAGGCUUCUGAUUGAAAAGAAACAAUUCUGAAAUUUCCAUUUACAGAGAAAUAUAAAACUUACUUAACGAUUCAAAGUACAUAAUUUUUAAUAAAAUCGAUAAGAUAUCUGUAGAAAAAAAAUGGUGAUCCUAGCAGUUACUAUUGCGCGGUUAUUUGAACGAGUAUAGAGAAUUUGUAUGCGAUUGCAAACAUUUUGGAGAUUAUGGAAAGCGAUACGAGAACUAGAAGGAAAAGGCUUUCUGGAGAACCAGACGAACAUCAAUCGAAACGGUCAAAAGGGAAGGAAAAUUCUUUUGAUUUUACGCAGGAAUGUAAAGCUGGUAAAAUAAAAAAAAUUUUAGUGCGAAAUUUUAUGUGUCACGAUGCCAUGGAAGUAAUAUUAAAUCCAAAUGUGAAUUUCAUUGUUGGUCGUAAUGGAAGUGGCAAAAGUGCAAUAUUGACAGCUCUAACUGUUGGUCUUGGCGCUAGAGCAAACAUCACUAGUCGUGGGACAUCGGUGAAAAGUUUUAUAAAAAAAGGAAAACAUUCGGCAAUGGUGGAAGUAACGUUAUUGAAUAAAGGGCCCAUGGCGUACAAACCAGACGUUUAUGGCGAAUCGAUAACAGUUCUUCGUAAUAUUGGAAAUUCAUCGUCGUAUAAAAUAAAAAAUUGGAAAGGCGAAGUGAUUUCAACAAAACGAAACGAGCUUGAUAAUGUAUUAAGAGCAAUGAAUAUUCAAAUAGAUAAUCCUAUUUCUAUUCUAAAUCAGGAUAUAUCAAGAACAUUUCUAGUUUCGUCCAAGCCGGAAGAAAAGUACGAGUUCUUUAUGAAAGCGACAUUUUUAGAUGUAAUCGGUAGUAAUUAUAAAGAUGCCGAAAUAAUAUGUCAACAGGAAUUUGAAAAAUUAAAACAAUAUAACGAAAUUUUAUCGGACGCAAGGAAAGAAGUCGAGCAGCUUAAAACAAAUAUAAAAAGAGUAGAAGAAAUUGAUGAAUUACGGCAUGAAUUAACUAGUUUAGAAAUGGAAUUGAUUUGGGCAAUUGCUAUAACGGAAGAAAUAAAGUUACAACAGAUCGAAGAUGAUUGCAAGAAACACGAAGAUAGUAUUAAAUCACUUCGGGAUGCAGAAUCAUCUACAGAAUCAAGAAAUGAAGAAAUAAAUAACAAAAUUCAAGAAAUAAAAGAGGAAAUUAAACAAGUAGAAGAGGAAGUUAGCAAUAGUUCGGAACAAUACAUUAAAGUAAGAGAAGAAUAUAGUGUAAAUAAGGAUGCACAUUCCACAAAAGUAAGGGAGUGGCGUUCUACUCAAAGUAAGAUUAAGAGAUUGGAGGAUGAUAUAAGUAUGAUCAGAAAAGAAAUACAUCGAUUGGAAAGCGAUGAUAAUGUAGAACAAAACGAAAGAAAUAAAAUGAAAGAUCAGUUGACACAUUUUGAGCAAAAGUUGAACGAAAUUGAAGCGUUGUUACGGACUAAACAGACUCACAAAACACACUUGGAGACUGAUAAAGUGCGACUUUUAGAAAAAAUUAAAGCUUCGAAAGUUGAAAUAAGCAACUAUGAAAUUCGUAUGCAGAAAAUUAGGCGAGAAAUAAGUGCACGCAAGCAAUAUUCUGACAACGCAUUGACCGUAUUUGGACAGAAUAUACCGCGUCUUUUGAGAAGGAUCGAAGAAGAAUAUAAUAAUGGACAUUUUCGAGAGAAACCGCGUGGUCCACUUGGGGCAUGUAUAAAAAUGAAGGAUCCGGCAUGGUCUGCUGCGGUCGAAAAUUAUUUAGGAUUUAAUACUUUUAGUAUAUUUUGCGCUGAUAAUAGUAACGAUGCCCAAGUAUUAAAUGCAAUUAUGAAGGAGAUUUACUUGGAUGAAAAAACUCCACAGAUAAUAUGCAGCAAAUUUUACAGCAAAAUUCAUGAUGUUCAUGCUCAUUGUACUCGAUCGGCAAAUUAUUCCAAUCUCUUAAAUGCAAUGGACAUAUCAGAUCCUGUAAUUGCCAAUUGUCUGAUCGAUCGGCGUGAAGUUGAAUGUAUUUUGCUGAUUCCAACUAGCAAGGAAGCGUCUGAUAUUAUGUCUGAUGCUACAAGAGUUCCACAGAAUUGUAAAAGAGCUUUCACUCAGCAAGGCGACAUGUUCUAUCCAGAUCCACAUUAUAGGUCUUACGGUGGACCACGCGACUUAAAAGCCAAAUUUCUCCAAGUUUCCGUUAACGAUGCAAUUAACGCAUUAGAAGAAGAGUUUCGUACUAUAGAAAAUGAAACAAGUGCGGUUAUGCAAUCGUGUAGGGUGGCCUGCGAAAAAGAGGAACUUAUGAGUUCAGAAUUAAUAUCUGUUAAUGCAGCGGUCGCGAAUCUCCAUACUGGCAAAAAUCAGUAUAAAACGCGAAUUGAUGAUCUAAAGGAUAAAAUUGAAGCUACCGAGGCUAUGUCUGUUAUUGUAUAUAAAAACGAAUUAACCGAAUUAGAAAAAAAGUUGGAUCAAGAAAAAUGUGAGGAAUCUCGCAUGAAUGAAAAUGUUGUUGAACUUCAGAAAAAGAUUGAACGUUUAGAGACCGAAGUUAAAAAUUAUAGAGAAUUGAGGCAGAAUCUAGAUUUGAAAAUUAACCCACUGAAGGAAAAUAUAAAAAAAUUGGAAAAUGAAAAGGAAACGAUAAGUGCAACGAAUCGACACGCUAUAAAAAAGUUAGAAACACUUCGUUGCUCUCUGCAAACUGUAUCAGCGAAAUUAGAAAUGCAACAAAGAGUUACUGAAAAGGCAGUGUCCGAUGCUAGAAUGCAAUGCGAUAGAAUAGAAACAAAAAGAUCGGUAAAAGAACUUGAAAGGUUAUCCAAAGAUCUGAAAGGAGAAAUUGACGAAAUAGAGCGAAAAUUUGGUACCAUAGAAAAAUUACGGCAAGAUUUAAAAGAGAAAGAAGCAAAAUGUGGAAAAGAUUUGAAAUUAGCUUCGAAAAUUGAAAAGAGCUAUCAAGUACAUCUUAAGCGUCUACAAGAUCGGAAAACCUUAUUUUUCGAAAUGAAACAAAGAUAUGGUGUAAACAUACAAAAUUCAUUUUCAAACGUACUCGCUUUACGGAACAAAAAAGGUACUAUACGUAUUGAUCAUGCGCGGAAAAUACUUGAACUUGAAGUGAAUGCGUUGAAUGACAGUAAAAAGACAAAGAAUGAUGCAAGAUCAUUAUCAGGCGGUGAAAGGUCUUAUUCGACCGUUGCUUUCAUUUUAGCGCUUUGGGAUUGUACUGGUUUGCCUUUUUAUUUCCUCGAUGAAUUUGACGUUUUCAUGGAUAAGGUGAAUCGACGAGUCAUAAUGGAUAUUCUUUUGGAUCAUACAAAAACACAUCCGCAAAGCCAGUUUACGUUUCUGACUCCUUUAGAUACAUCCAAUGUCCUUGCCGAAGAUUAUGUAACAAUUCAUCAGCUAGCAGCACCAGAACGAGCGAGUCGGGAUCAACAGGCAUAAUUUAAUUUAAUAUUUCUUUACACGAUUUUUAUUAUUUUUCUCAGGAUAUAAUUAAAACAUAACAUAGCACAUAUAGCUGAUUCUGUUAAAAGUUGAGAGAGCUUGUGCUAGUACCGUCGAGUAAAAGUAAUAUACAUAUUUCUGUUAUUCUAUUACUAUUAACAUCGAUAAACUGUUAUUUAUAAGUAUUACACUUCAUAAAUAAUAUGAAUUAUUUGAUAGUGAAAUAUCGUAACGAAACUUAUUGUUAGUCACUUUA